AUGACGGGUAAUCAAGUCGAAUGGAACUACGACGGCGGUGAUAAAGAGCUUAAUGGAAGCACGGCACGCAGAGGUGAUGCUUGUAAUGCUGCUUUCACUGCAGCUUGCUUGAAGAAGUAUGGUUGUGAUACAAGAUAUGAAAUUCCACAAGAUUGGCCUACAACUUGUGACGAAGCCCCUCCUGCUGCUUUUCUCGAGGGUGGUCUUGGCGCUUCUAUCUCUUGCGCCUCUAAUCGCCAACAACAAUUGCAAGGUCGACUUUUGGCACAAUUGUCACAUUUAUAUGCCGGAGAUGGGCAACGCUAUUUGAACGAUGGACGUUUACAUCCCGUCAUUGUUUCACUGGAUUACAGCCAACACCCUUCAAGCGAACAUGGUAAAGUUUUGGCUGGUGGUGCAACAACAAAUAGCAAAACCCCAAAGGCCAGUACCACCAUCACAGGAAGAGCACCGGAAAAGACGACAACAAGCGGUGCUUAUACCUAUACUACAAAUGAGUAUGUAGGGAACGGACAAAUUGCAACUUGUACAGCUUCCACAACUUCAAAUGAUGGUUGUUCAAAUACAGCCAAUGUGGCACGAAGCUUACAGACCAAUGUUGUUGUUGCACUGCCACCUGCUAUCACGACCCCACCUCGAUUUACUGCAUUGGCUUCUCGCUCACUUCUUGCCAGAGCUACGUCUUCAUGUUCACGUAAAUCGGACAAAGAUAUGAGUAAAGAUAAAUCCAAAAAUGCAAAAAGGGCAGUAGAUUCGGCGAAAGAUUUAAUCGAUGGCUUUGAAGACGCUGAAGAUAUCGCUCAAGCAAUCAAAGAUGCAGCCGAGCGUGGUCUAGCCGGAGCAGCAGCAGCGGCUGCCGCAUUAUUGUCUGGUGACGAUAAUUCUUCCGGUGACCGUGAUGAAAUUUACCGAGAUGCUGCAUCUGCAUUAUCUGAAGCUGCUCCGAUGAGAAUAUACAGCAAUGAUGAUGUUGAUGAGGCUUACACUGAUUUAUCCAUCGCGGCAACAGAAGCAAGCUCGGCUGCUGACAUUGCCAGCACAUAUAUGCCAGCUUCAAAACCAACAAGUAAACCCCCUUCUACACCUACCACUAGAUCAAAAGCUACCACCCCUCCUUCAACUUCAAAAACAAGUACAACUUCUGCAAAACCUACAACUACUUAUGCAGCACCAAGCGGUGGAUGCUAUGGAGAAGGUGAUAAAGCUUCUCUCUUCAUUAAAUCAGCCAACUUCCAUAUUGGCUGUAGUACUACAAAUGAUCCCACAGGUCAAGGCAAGGACUAUUUAGGAGGUAUUAUCUCUCCCGGUCUUCCAUUCGGUCUAUUACAGGGAGAUUGUCCAGGCGUAGAAGGCUUAUUCGGGAUUGACAAUAGCAAUCAAAACGCAGUUUGGAAUCCGAUUUGCGGCGGACAAGGUGAAUUGAGAGCUUAUUUCAAGACAAGACGUGCGCAUACAAUCACGGCAAAAGGAAGUAAAGGUAUAGCUCUUCUAUUCUUGUGGGGAGACAGAAAUUCGCAAAUUAGCAAGGUUUACCCUUGUCUCAACAAAGACUCGUUAGGCGAUAAUAUUCAAAUUAUUUCGGAUACAGUCAUCUUUGAUCACGACCAUCAAUCCCAAACGGUGAAAAGGACAAGCGAAGAAGAACCAUCAUUUUUGUCAAACGUUACGCAACUCUCUAUUGUCGCACCGAUCGUUGGGAAAGAUGCUCUGCUAUUCCCCCGACUGUAA